GCAUUUCUCCGCACGCUCCUUUAUUAGAGUUUUUUCGCCGCCGCAUUUACCUUUCUCUCUCGCUUUGCUCUCACGGAAAAUUCUCGUAAGCUCUCAUCUGAACUCAGAAUCCUCGGAGUUCGUAGCUUUUUUUUUCCAUCUGAGCAAUGGCUUUGGUUUUACACACGUACAAGGGUAACAAAGGUGCCUAUAAGGCACUCAUUGCUGCUGAGUAUGUUGGUGUGAAGAUCGAGGAGCCCUCGAACUUUCAGAUGGGCGUCACUAACAAAUCCCCAGAGUUCCUUAAGAUGAACCCCAUUGGAAAGGUUCCUGUGCUUGAGACUCCUGAAGGUCCCAUAUUUGAGAGCAAUGCCAUUGCUCGAUACGUCAGCCGCUUGAAUGGUGAAAACUCAUUGAAUGGAUCUUCCCUCAUUGACUAUGCUCACAUUGAGCAAUGGAUUGAUUUUGCCACGUUGGAGAUUGAUGCUAACAUGUUGAGAUGGUUCGCUCCUAGAAUGGGCUUUGCUCCGUUCUCUGCUCCAGCUGAGGAAGCUGCAAUUGCUGGAUUGAAUAGAGGACUUGAUGCUCUAAAUACACAUCUCGCCUCCAACACGUAUCUUGUUGGACACUCUGUUACACUUGCGGAUAUUGUCACCAUCUGCAACUUGAACUUGGGGUUUGCCACCGUGAUGACCAAGAGCUUUACCUCUGCAUUCCCUCAUGUUGAGAGAUACUUCUGGACAAUGGUUAACCAACCAAACUUCAAGAAGGUUAUCGGUGAUGCCAAACAGACCGAAGCUGUCCCUCCAGUUCCUUCCAAGAAAGCUGCACAACCCGCAAAGCCCAAGGAGGAGCCUAAGAAGGCUGCUCCUGUAGCAGAGGCACCAAAGCCUGUUGCUGAGGAGGAAGAAGCACCAAAGCCCAAAGCCAAGAAUCCUCUUGAUUUGCUACCACCAAGCCCAAUGGUUCUCGAUGAGUGGAAGAGGCUAUACUCUAACACCAAAUCCAACUUCCGUGAAGUUGCUAUCAAAGGAUUCUGGGACAUGUACGACCCAGAGGGAUACUCACUAUGGUUCUGUGACUACAAGUACAACGACGAGAACACGGUUUCGUUUGUCACACUCAACAAGGUUGGUGGGUUCCUCCAGCGAAUGGACUUGGCGCGUAAAUAUGCUUUUGGAAAGAUGCUGAUCUGCGGGUCAGAGGGUCCAUUCAAGGUGAAAGGUUUGUGGCUGUUCCGUGGACCAGAGAUCCCAAAGUUCAUAAUGGACGAGGUUUACGACAUGGAGCUUUACGAGUGGACCAAGGUCGAUAUCUCAGACGAGGCACAGAAAGAGCGAGUGAGCCAGAUGAUUGAAGACGCUGAGCCUUUUGAAGGUGAGGCUCUUUUGGACGCUAAAUGCUUCAAGUGAGAAAGGCUGCUCUUCUUCACUGUUCUUCAUAUCGUCAUAUCUUUCUCUCUAUCUCCAUAGGAGUUACUACUUUUGUGUUUUUGAUAUCCUCUUAGAGUCCCUUUACAACCUUUUGAAUCGUAGAGUUUUUUGUUUUCUUUCUGGGGUUUUAAGAAACUAGUUGCUGCUCUUAUGUUUUUUUUUGUGACAGAAUUGUUUACGUACACAUUACAACGUCGUUUCCUAUUUCUCUCCUUUUUUU